AUGUAUAAUACCUCUGCCGCCUAUUCUCAAGACCUCCUUCUUUCAGUAACAAGGGGUCUCUCAAAAAUCUCAAAAACUGAUGGCUUUGUUCGCCUACAUACCCUGGAAAUCCUACUUUGCAAUCACCUAGUUAUCGAAGAAUGGGCUAAGGUCUUUGAUUUCACUGCUAUCAAGAACUUUUCCCUCAUCCAUUCAUUCAACUUCGAUGUGCAUUAUCCUUCUCCUUGGACUUAUUUGCGGUCGAGGCGUGUUACCCUGAAAAGGCUUAAAACCAAUAUCUACAUGGCAGGGGCUGUGAGUUAUCUCCGGCCCUUUAACUCAAUUGAGGAGCUUUAUCUCAUGGGUAGCCGGAAAUCCGCGGAUUUUGGAUAUAUCGGCUUCUACUUCUCGAAUCUUAGGAUACUUUUGAUUAUGGAAUUUGUAAUUGACAUUGGGCUCUUCGUCAGAAACCUUCACCUACUGAUUGGAGCAUGCCCUAAGUUAGAGGAGCUGGGAUUUCCCUUGCUCAGAAAAAUCCAGUUACUUCGAAAUAUGCCCUUCUCCCCUCAUUUACCGACUGGAGAUGCUUAG